AUGGCAAGCAAGAGAAAGUCAACAACUCCGUGCAUGGUCCGGACAUCUCAAGUGAUGGAACAGGAAGUGCCCGAAGAUGCUGACAGAGGCAAAGAUAAAGAAGUUGGAGCCCCCCAGGCUGACUCGGGUAAAGAUGGUUGGACCACUGAGCCCGAGAGCUCUUCCAAAGAAAGUGAAUUAAUGGAGGUGAAGUCAGCUGUGGAGAAUCAAUCCAAAAAACUUCAGGGGGGUUACGAAUGUAAAUACUGCCCAUACUCCACACAAAACCUGAACGAGUUCACAGAGCACGUGGACAUGCAGCAUCCUAAUGUGAUCCUCAACCCCCUCUAUGUGUGUGCUGAAUGCAACUUCACCACCAAAAAGUACGAUUCCUUGUCCGACCACAAUGCCAAGUUCCAUCCCGGGGAGACAAACUUCAAGCUGAAGCUGAUUAAACGCAAUAACCAAACGGUUUUAGAACAGUCCAUCGAAGGAUCCAACCAUGGUGUGACCGUGUGUGGCGGCAGCCUGGGGAGCGGCGACGGUGACCCCGGGAUCUCAGUGAGUAAGACGCCGAUCAUGAAACUGGGGAAACCCAAAGCUGAUGCCAAGAAGGCCCCCAGGAAACCAGAAGAAAGUGGUUCUGAUAACCACAUGGAAGGGAACACCACCGCCCGGGUGGUGACGGAGGCCGCCGAGGCCUUCGCCAGGCUUAAUGGCAUUGAGCUGCUCCAAGACUCCCUAGGGCACGUGAUGCCUUCUGUACAGCUGCCACCAAAUAUUAAUCUUGUCCCCAAGGUCCCCGUCCCAUUGAAUAGUACCAAAUAUAACUGUGCCCUGGACACCAAUGCCACCAUGAUUAACUCCUUCAACAAGUUCCCUUACCCAACCCAAGCAGAAUUGUCCUGGUUGACAGCUGCCUCCAAACAUCCCGAGGAGCACAUCCGAAUCUGGUUUGCUACCCAGCGCUUGAAGCAUGGUAUAAGCUGGUCUCCAGAAGAGGUAGAAGAGGCGAGGAAGAAGAUGUUUAAUGGGACGAUCCAGUCCGUCCCGCAGACUAUCACUGUGCUGCCGGCUCAGCUGGCAUCCACCAAGAUGUCCCAGCCCAUCAUCCAGACCGCUUUACCUUGCCAGAUCCUCGGCCAGACCAGUCUCGUUUUGACGCAGGUGACUAACGGAUCGACAGUGUCGUGCUCCCCGAUCACGCUUGCUGUCGCGGGGAUGACCAAUCACGGCCAGAAGAGACCUUUACCAAAUCUCCAAGCAGCUCCAGAGCCCAAACGGGCCCACGUGGCCCAGGUUCCUGAGCCCCCACCAAAGGUAACCCCCGGCAUACUGCCCACGACAAACGAUCGGAAAAAGACAAAAGAGCAAAUAGCGGAACUGAAGGCGAGCUUCCUCCAGAGUCAGUUUCCUGAUGAUGCAGAAGUCUACCGACUCAUCGAGGUCACCGGCCUCUCCAGGAGUGAGAUCAAGAAAUGGUUCAGUGAUCACAGAUAUAGGAGCCAAAGGGGCAUCGUCCAUAUCACCAGCGAGUCCCUCGCCAAAGACCAGCUGGCCAUUGCGGCCGCCCGGCAUGGACGUUCCUACCAUGCAUACCCAGACUUUGCGCCACAGAAAUUCAAAGAAAAAACACAGGGUCAGCUUAAAGUUCUGGAAGAUAGUUUCAUGAAAAGUUCUUUCCCCACCCAAGGAGAACUGGAUCGACUCAGGUCUGAAACCAAGCUGAGCAGGAGAGAAAUCGAUACCUGGUUUUCAGAGAGGAGGAAGCUUAGGGACAGCAUGGAGCAAGCUGUCCUAGACUCCAUGGGAUCCAGCAAAAAGAACAAAGAAGCGGUGGUCCCCAAUGGCACAUUAUCUCGGCUGGACCAGCUUUCUAGCGUCCAGCUGGCCACUUCUCUCUCUAGCCCCUCUCCAGCUAUGAUGAAGAACCAGGAACAAAUUCAUCUUCUGAAGAGUACCUUUGCCAGAACCCAGUGGCCCACCCCACAGGAAUAUGACCAGUUAGCAGCAAAAACCGGUCUGAUCAGAACUGAAAUCGUGCGUUGGUUCAAAGAGAACAGAUGUUCACUAAAGACUGGAACCUUAAAGUGGAUCGAUCAGUACCAACAGCAACAUGCUGUGGAUGGCCACAGUAACGAGUCCGUCCUGAGAAAGGCAACACCGCUCCUCACUGAAAGUCCAAAGAACGGGGGUGAGCUGGUUCAGCAAUAUUUCAAGGACCACAAAAAGCUGAGCGAAGAGGAUUUGGACAAACUGGUGACCACGGCAAAAGUGGGUUGCGAAAAGGCCAAAGACUCCUUGCCAGGCAAGACAACAGAGACCGCUUUGGACAAAUCUGAAGGUAACAGCCGGGAUGGUCAUGGCAGUGAUGAGAAUGAGGAGUCUGAUGUUGUGGACUGGGUAGAGGUGACGGUUGGGGAGGACGAUGGCGUCUCAGACUGUACAGACAGCUGGAGCCAAGCAGCGCCAGAGGGUCGAGCGGAGUUGACCAAUUAUGAUUCUGAUUCUGAAGGUGUAACUGAAGACACUGGCCACGUUUAGACAGGAAAACCAGUCAGACCUACUGUCCCAGUCAUUAGUGGGGCUCUGUCUUUGAAGAGAGCAGAGAACUUCACUCUUCCUGCCUUUGGACAAGAUUGCCAAGGACCGAUGACUCCAAGUUGAACUGCUCUGGCGUCUGCCUCUCCAUGGCCUCCAUUCUCAAGGAGCACUCAUCGGAUGGAAUUGUUCAUAGUGCCAAAGUCCUACUACUGCAUUUUCAAAGGGUCCUUGUAAAUAGAUUGCUCCUCCCUUCCCCUGCCUCACUCCCCCCUCUUCCGUGCCCCCAAUCUCUUGCGAUA